UCCAUUUUCGCUAAUCACCCUUAACUACGUACCAAUAAAACCGAAAAACUGCGAAUAUUCUGCGGCACAAAACACAGUGGGAGGCACAGCACUGUUUUUUUCUUUUCUUUGCUUCACCAAACCGAAAAAAUGGAUUAGCAAAUUCGUGUACUGACCACAAGUCUCACGAACACUCCUGCUGCAACGAAAUCGCCAUUACGACUGAGCUUGGUUGAGCGAGCGAGAGCGAGGUCGCGUCGUAUCGGUCGUAUCGUGAUAAACAAUAAAGUGCCCCACCGAGAGCGAGAGAGGCAGCACGCGACGAACGAAAGUAAACAACAGUGCAAAAGGGGAAACUGUGUGACAGAUUUUACGGCGACGCUUCUCCGUUUGUUAAAACAUUCAUAACAGAACAGGCGGAAAACCCGGAAAAAGCUGAAAACUGCUUAAAUUGGGUGAUCUCUUCUCUGAAAUAUUGGUCUAUUAAGUGUAAUAAUAAUAAUAAUAGUGUUUAUCAGCUAAUGGAACAUCAGACUUCCGAUAAACGGGAUGUGGUUCGAGUUGAAAUUGAAUAUUGGUAAUUGUGUCAAUGGUACCGAUAAUAGCAACGUGUGCAACUCCAAACCACAGUGCCUUGAGCUGAGUCGGGUGAUCGCGGAGCACGUGCCAGGGACACAGGUAUCCUGCCGAACAGGACGCCGAGGAUCGUUCGAGGUGCAAAUCAACGAUACGCUUGUCCACUCCAAGCUAGCCUCGUUGUCGUUUCCCGAGUAUGAGGAAGUUGUACAGCAAGUGCAGGCCGCAAAAGAGGGACGCCCACUGCAGAGGGUCAAAGAGCAACCGAUCACAGAUUGUGUAGUGCAAUGACAGAAUAGCCAACUCUAGCAGGAACUCGAAGUAAACAGUGUUAUUCAA